CUUGCUUGACUACUUAUACCUUCGACUCGCUGCGUUCUUUCUCUCUUCCACAUUUAUCGAACUGAUCUAUUUACUUACCUACCUACCUGUCUACCUGUCUUCUUCCGGAAGAGUUGCCGUGAGAGACAUACACACGAAUCCGGAGACAAAGUCCUUGACGAGAGAGUUGGUCUUAGACCAACCACCAACCACCCACCCAGCAGGGUAAAAGGAGACCGACCUUCACCAUCUCCCUCUCCAUCCACAACACCACAACCACGAUCGAAAUGUCCGAAACACACAGUCCUGAGCCCGAGCUCGAGGUCAAGCCAACGGUCACAGACGACCAAGCGCCCCCGACUCCCGGCGGCGCUAUCUCGGAUGAUGAGCCCGCCAAGGAGGAGAUCGAUGAUGCACAGCCUGAAGUUGAGCAACAACCAGAGGGUGAGGGUGAGGCAGAGGUAGAGGCAGAGGAGCAAGUUGAGGAAGAAGAUGAGGAUAAGCAGUCCGAUGACGAAUCCAUCCUGUCAGAAGUCGACGAAGCCCAGUUUGAGGAUUUCGAUCCCGAGAACGUCGACAUCGAGGAUCGCCCGCAGCUAGCCAUCGACGAGGAUAAUUUGAAGUUGAUUGGACGGCAUAAGCGGAAGCGCGCGGAGGGGGGCGAUGAAGAGCGCUCGAAGAGGAAGAGGGAGGGGAGGCGCGAGAAGAAGACUCGUCGCAUGAGGGAGCUUGAGGAUGGGGGCGCGAGUGAUGAGGAGAAGGCCAGUCGGAAGAGGAAGAGGAAGGAGGCCGCGAUGCAGGAGGAGGAGUUGUUGGAUCCGGCUACUAGACGGAGGAGAGCGCUGGAUCGUGCGAUGGAUGAGGCGUUGAAGAAGCCUACGAAGAGACGGUUUAGAAAGGCUGAUGGCAUUGAUCUCGAACAAAUGGCCGAUGCCGAAAUCGAAGAUAUGCGCAAGCGUAUGACCCACGCCGCCCAGAUGGACGCCAUCAACCGUCGCGAGAGCAAGCCCGCCAUGCACAAGCUCAAGAUGCUCCCCGAGGUCGUCUCCCUGCUUAACCGAAAUCAAUACGUCAACAGUCUGGUCGACCCCGAGAUCAACCUGCUCGAGGCCGUUAAGUUCUUCCUUGAGCCCUUGGAUGACGCCUCCCUGCCGGCGUACAACAUUCAGCGGGACCUGAUGACCGCGCUGGGCAAGCUGCCGAUCAACAAGGAGGCCCUAGUUGCCAGUGGCAUCGGCAAGGUGAUUGUGUUCUACACGCGGAGCAAGCGUCCCGAGCCGGGCAUCAAGCGCAUGGCAGAGCGUCUGCUGGCCGAAUGGACGCGCCCGAUUCUCCAGCGCAGCGACGAUUACUCAAAGAGGGUGUACCAGGAGGCUGCUUUUGAUCCUACUAAACUGAACACGACCCGCACCCAAUCCGUACAGGCCACGGCUGCAGAGGCUCGGGCUCGCGCAUUGUUGCCUCCUCGUCUGGCGAACCGGGCGCGCGCUGACAUGACACACACGAGUUACACGGUGGUGCCGCGGCCGACGAUGGUGCAGGAGAGCAAGUUUGCGCGACCUUUGGGCGCCAGCGGCGAGGACCGGUUCCGGAAGAUGCGGGCGCGACAGAUUGCGGCGCAGAAGGGAUCACGUCGGUAGAUUUUCGGGCUGGACUAUCUUGCUUUAUUUUUCAUCUCAUAUGCACUGUGUAUGUCAGGCAUUAUCUCGUAGUUAACUCGGGGGGGCGGCGCAGGCGGAAUGUAUUAAGUCUUAUUGGAUC